AGCUGGUGAUGCUGGAACAAACAUGGCCGCCCCGGUUCCCUUCGGCUGCUCGGGCUCCUGCUGUCUGCGGCUGCUACCACUCCUGGCGCUGCUGGAGUUGCUGGUCGACCCCGGCCUGGGUCGCGUCCACCACCUGGCGCUCAAAGAUGAUGUGAGGCGUAAAGUCCAUCUGAACACCUUUGGCUUCUUCAAGGAUGGCUACAUGCUGGUCAAUGUCAGCAGCCUCUCUGUGAAGGAGCCCAAGGGAGCCGUGGACCCGAGUGCUGAGAUCGGCUUCAGUCUAGACCGGACCAAGAACGAUGGCUUUUCUUCUUACCUGGAUGAAGAUGUGAAUUACUGUAUUUUAAGAAAACAGUCUAUGUCUUCUGUCACCCUUCUCAUCUUAGACUUCUCCGGAAGUGCGGUCAAGGUCAGAUCUCCACCAGAAGCUGGCACCCAGUUACCAAAGAUUGUCUUCGGCAAGGAUGAGAAAGUCCUGGGUCAGAGCCAGGAGCCUGCUGUCAGCUCCACACCUGAAGUCAGCAAGGUGCAGAGAGCCCAAGAUGGUUCGAAGACUAGAAGAAGUGCAGUGGACUCCAAGGCAACAGCAGAGAAAUCCUUCUCAAUUCAUAAGAACGAUGGGGCAGUUUCAUUUCAGUUCUUCUUUAACAUCAGCACUCAUGACCAGGAAGGCCUGUACAGCCUUUACUUCCACAAGUGCCCAAGCAGCAAGUCGAGGACUAGUGAGCAGGUCUCAUUCAGCCUGAAUAUUGACAUCACCGAGAAGAACCCUGACAGCUACCUCUCUGCUGGGGAGAUCCCUCUCCCCAGGUUAUACAUUUCCAUGGCCUUGUUCUUCUUCCUUUCUGGGACCAUCUGGGUUCAUAUCCUUCGUAAGCGAAGGAAUGAUGUGUUUAAAAUUCACUGGUUGAUGGCGGCCCUUCCUUUCACCAAGUCUCUUUCUUUGGUGUUCCAUGCAAUCGACUACCACUACAUCUCCUCGCAGGGCUUCCCAAUUGAAGGCUGGGCUGUUGUGUACUACAUAACUCACCUUCUAAAGGGGGCGCUGCUAUUCAUCACCAUCGCGCUCAUCGGCACUGGCUGGGCCUUCAUCAAGCACAUCUUGUCUGAUAAAGACAAGAAGAUCUUCAUGAUUGUCAUCCCGCUCCAGGUGCUGGCAAAUGUGGCCUACAUCAUCAUAGAAUCUACCGAGGAGGGCACGACAGAGUACGGUUUGUGGAAGGACUCUCUGUUCCUGGUCGACCUGCUGUGCUGCGGCGCCAUUCUCUUCCCAGUGGUGUGGUCAAUCAGACAUUUACAAGAAGCCUCAGCCACAGAUGGAAAAGCUGCCAUUAACUUAGCAAAGCUGAAGCUUUUCAGACACUACUACGUCUUGAUCGUGUGCUACAUCUACUUCACCAGGAUCAUCGCCUUUCUUCUCAAGUUCGCCGUCCCAUUCCAGUGGAAGUGGCUCUACCAGCUGCUGGAUGAAACAGCCACGCUGGUGUUCUUUGUCCUGACGGGGUAUAAAUUCCGUCCGGCUUCUGAUAACCCCUACCUGCAGCUCUCUCAGGAGGAAGACGACCUGGAGAUGGAAUCUGUAGUGACUACAACAGGAGUGACGGAGACCAUGAAGAAAGUCAGGAAAGUGACCAAUGGCGCUGUGGAGCCCCAGGGGGACUGGGAAGGCACGGCAUGAUGGGACCCAGUCUGAGGCUCCGCUGUCAGUGAAAACUAACUUAUUCCUAGCCCCAUCCAUGAACCAGCGUGUUCCUGACAGGACUGUGCCAUCUCCCAACAGUGACUCUCCAGCGCUCAUGGCACAGCUGAGUGCCAUGGACACCUCCUUUUGUACUCUUAGAGAAUCUGGAUUGCAGUGGGCUACGGGCAGCUAGCUAGGACUGUCCCUCAGGGAGGGUAGGAGGCAUAGAGGAGGAGUAAAGGAGGCCCGGCUGCUUUACCUUGCUGACUGGGAGUCUGGGCUCUCUGCAGGGGAACCCCAGCAGCUGCCACUCAGAAAGGCUGUGGUGGUGGGAAGGGAAGGUGUGCCACUGCUCACAGAGCUUUGGAGGCUGAGGGUGCGGCUCACUGCUUGGCCAAGCAUUCAUGAGACUCUGGGUUCGAUUCCUAGUGCCAGGGGUAAGGGGAAGAAGCUACUUUGGGGUGUGUUCCGGUGUCUACCAAGGACACAAAGGAGAGAAAGAGAGAUUGCCCGCCUUUGGGGAACAAAAGCAACAGAAAUGAAUGGAAUUGUUUAGAAAGCCAAAUAGUCACCCUAGGUGGUCUGAAGCACCUGCCCAGGGCCACUGGCCCCAUGCACCACUCUAAGUGUUGUCCUGUCUUCUAAUGGUGACCCAGAACAGUAGCACUGGAGGCCAGCUGAGAGGGCCCAUCACAUUGCUGUCCAGGCCGCUGCCAGCACCACAGCCCUGCUGGUGAGAAUCGCUGUCUCCAGGCAUGUGUGAAGGGAGAGGAGCCUUGGAGCUCCAGAAGUGGUCUCCAGCUGGCUCUCCAGACUCCAUCCCCCUGCCUGUCCAGAGCAGCCCUGCCCUCCUCCCCUUCCACCUGUGUCUUCUGAUGAGAAUCAAAGAGGGGAACGUUCCCCAAGGAGCCGCUGGGGGCAGGAAGGGUGCAUCUAAGCAAAAACUGAGGAAAAGCUUGUUCCACCUCUUGCACAGCCAGGCAGGACUUCUGAGCCUCAACUACAUAGUCCAAGCAUGCUUGAAGGAAGUGAGCACAGGUGAGCUGCUGGGGCAGGAGAGAGCCAGGUCUGCUCAGAGCUUGGGCAGGAACACCAGCGACUGCCUGCAUGGGACAGUGCUGCAGCAGAGGCGAGCUUAGAAGGCGUGUGGCCAAGGGCACAGGUGACCAGCUUAGCACCCCAGAGCUGCUUAGCGCCAGGACUUGUAGGUGAGUUACAGCUUCACGGAACAGGGGCUCCCUGGGGUGCUUGUUACUACCUCCCAGUGCAGAAGACUCCGAUCUCUGUCCUGAAAAUGGUUGUGUCUGUCUCCGGCACCCCCACCCAGCUUCCACAUCACUGCCUCCGGUGGGAAGCUGCUUCCUCUGCGGUCCAGUCUGAGCAGGUUCCUCUCCACCACAGGUGUAUCCAGAGGAAGGUAAACAGACCUGAAGGACUCAUUGAAGAGAGCCUUUCUCCUCAUGUUUUGUUCUGGUUUAUUGCUUUAGAUAUGUGACGGGAAGGGGGUUGGAGAGGAGAGGGUACUUUUUAAUGCAGAAGUGUGUUCCUAUGGUGACAUCGAGCCUGCCCCUCAGAGGGGGAGUGCUGCUGCCUCCCUGCUGGCAGACACUCAUGGAAGGUGUGAGGCUGCCUCCCCUAAAUAAGGCUACUCUGGUGGAGAGCCUGGUCCACGGGCCUCUCUGAGUGGCUAGAGGGGGACAGCCUGGUCCUUCCAGAGCAUGGGUGCACAGGCAGGAAGGUGGGCUGGAGCAGUGUCUUUCCCAAGACCUGCCCUAUAACUGCUGUAGGUGGGAAGUCAGGAAUGAUGGGAUCAGAAGCCUCACAGAGCUGGGAGGACUGGCCUGGUGUGCCUGGGCUGUGAGAAGGAAAACUGGACAGCUCUUUGUCCUACAUUGUCAGUGUAUCUCAUCUCCAUCAUCUGAGAGCUGUGAGCCAGCAUUCAGCGGUGUCCUUGGGUAGAGGAGUCUGAUUGGAGCCCAGUGCUGCCCGCUUGCCCCAGCUCACCAGCUGCCCGCUGCAGCCUGAGUCUCGGCCCACCUGGCUCCGCAUCCUGGGGUUUGAACGGUGAAGCCCUUGUGUGGGAGGGGCUGAGCAAAACUAGGGCACACAUGGCAGUGCCCUGUGGUAUUUAUAGUCUGCUUUGUGCCCCCUCUGCCUCUGCCUGUGUGGGGUAUCCAUGCUUCCUUUGAGAGUUCUGUGCACUGGAAGCUGCAGGCUGUGACAUUUAAUAAAGUGUGGAUUUUGCUAGAAAAUUAUUUCUUGGACAUCAGGAACAACUGUUAAGCUCUGAGUCUUGGUUCUUAACAGUGUUGAGGACUCAGUCAGCCUUCUACAUUUGAUAGCAGAGUAUCAUCUAAUGUUUAAUCUGACUGGGGUUCAUUCUCUCCGGUGAACAGCUCACUCCAGGGUCACAGAUCCUGCCUCACACCAGGCCUGUGUCUGUUCAGUUUUCCUUCAGAAACCACUUGGAAUAAAUACCUAAAUGUCCCCACUCCCCAACCUCCGCCUGCUCUGCUAGCCAGGGCCAUACAGCUCCUGAGGUGCUUGUGGGAUUUCUGCUGCUCUUGGCCCCCAGUCUUCCUCUCCCUCCUCUUCUCUCCCCUCCUCCUCCUUUCCCUUUACCCCCUCCCCACCCCCUCACCCCGCUUUCCCGUUGACUCCCUUAGCCCUUCCUGGCACACUGGCUGCAGCCUGGUGCACUGCAGCAUUGUCUGCCAGCAGCGGGGUGCAGGAUGUAUUUUCCUAACCAGGGAGUGCACACUAUGCAAAUGAACCCUGGAUGGCUGCUUUGUACCACACGGUGGUCUCCCCACACCUCAAUGCCUGUCUGACUCUUGGAGUGGAGUCUAAAGCCAUCUUUGCCGAAGGGGAAGCGCAUCAAAGAUUCCUGUGUUCAUUUUCAGUGGCCUCUGGCCACCUCCCACGUCCCAAAGUGUGUUCCUCGAGGAAGCAUUAGUCUGAUGAGGUUGCUGGCCCAGCUCCACAUACCCAGGAGGACAGCCGAGCAUUUCAACCUCCCUCUGCCAAGCUGCUGAUCCUCACAGGAAGAUCCUAGCCCCUGCCCCCAGCCCUGCUCCCAUACUCCACCGCCUGCCUCAGCUUGUGCUGGCUCUGGGCUGCCCCAGCCUGCUCGAUGCUGCCGCCUUGCCUCUCUGGAGUUCGGUGAGGGCUUUAUUUGUAUCUCUUGGCUAUCAAGUAUUCAUUUAGAACCGGCUGGUGUGCUCAAAGGUCUGCCCCUUACUCCAGCUUUCCCAAAGCUUCCCUGGCAAGUCUGUCAAAUGCAGUCAUAGGAGUCUCGCUCAUAGCUGUGCCACCCAGAAUGUGAUCACAGAUCAUAUAGGCCAAGGGGUCUCCCAGUUCCUCCGGGGCCUCUUCUGCCCUGCAUAGGUGUGUCUAUUUCAUGCUUAAAAAGCAUCAUACAUUUAGGUGGCCCUCUGCCUGGGCAGGGGACCACCUCCCUGCUUCCCAGCACAAUAAAGAGACUGAACUGAGCGACCAGACAAGCUUGGGAGCAGACAUGAUCAUGGUAUGUUGGGACCUGGUAUGAUUCUGAGGACAAGAAGAUUGCAGACAGGCCACCAAGUUCCUGAUGUGUCCAGAAAGAGCAAAGUGAGACAGAUUCACUCCCAAGACAGGAUGGAGUUGAGGCUGUGCUGUGGAUGGGGAGCUGGAAGGUCAGCCUUAGCAUCCAAGCACCAUCUCCCGGGAUCUGCAGAGAGCUGGAGGAAACCCUGUCCACACAUGGGAACUUUCCAAUCCCUAGGCAGCGAUGACCCAAAUGUUUGUCAAACUGAAUAACCCAGAGGUUUCACCUGCAGGAGGUCUUAUGGGCCUGUGUGCCCUACUCAGGUUGGGGUGCAGGGGCUAGGGGCCACUUAGUGAUUUUUAGCAUUAACCAUUGAAUAUUUACAAGCAUGGUGUGUGGAUGUGUUCAGGAUUGGUGGGCUGGCCACUGUAUAGAGGCAUUUUACUGCAAAGCAAACGUCCAAUAAAGAUUCCAUGCUGGGAA